AUAUAUGUUGAAGAUUGAAAUUCAAUAGUAGUUGUAGUUAUCUUCGUUACUCUGGAUAUUCUCUUCGUUCUAACUCUCUUUCUUACGAAUAUCUUUUAACAUCGACGACGAACGUUGCAUGAAGGUUCUCACCGGAGAAAAUACACGUAACAAAUUGGUAUCAGAGCCUGAUUGCUCUGCGACUAACGUGAUUCGAGAAGAUGGCGCCAAAGAAGUCUACGCAAUCAUCGACCGUCUCCGAUCAGCCGGCGAUCGACGAGGAGCUCCUCCAAAGUCUCCUCCACUCGCAGCAAACCGCCACCGGGCGAAUUGACGAGAUCUGUCAAGGAAUAAGAUUUCGGGAGGUCUGCCACCCGGUUUUAUUUCACCGAAGAUGCGAGAAGUUUAUUUGUAGAGAAAUCAAUUGGGAGGGACCUUGUAUGAUCAAGAUGGGACUUCUGGUGCUGCUGAUGAAAUUCAUUAUUCAGGCUACGGGUUAUACCUCUUGGAUCUCAGUCACAAUCAUUUCAGGGUAAAAAUCCCAAAAUGGAUUGUUAAACGGAGACCUCGAUUGCGGUAUAUAUCUUACUAGUUUUUUGACCCGCGCUUCGCGGCGGUAAUGAAUUAAUUAUAUUUAAAUUUCAUCCAUUCAUUUGAUAAUGUAGUUGAAAUCAAAUAAUUUUCGAAAUAGUUUGGGUAAAAUAUCUAUAUAAACUUUACAUAGUGUUUUGAUCAUUACAGAAGAUUACGUAAUAUGUUACUUUAAUUGAUACAUAAAAAUAACUAUUCCUCCAUAAUUUUUACAUAGUAUACAUUUACUUUACGUAGCUGUAGAAUGAAGUAAAUCUCAUGCAAUGUGUGGUCUAAUAAUAAAUCAUGUUGUGAAAACAUCACAGUUGAUUAUAUUUAUAUGUAAAAAUUAACAUACUUUUAUGGAACCUUUGCAUAAUGUAGAUUGAUGAGAUGUUGAAUAUAGUAGGUAAUAGUUAAGGAAUUUUGGUUAAUAAUGUAAGAAAUAGGUUAGAAAAAGUAUACCAUUUGAUGCAUAUAGUAGGUAAUAGUUAUAGAAUUUCAGUUAAUAAUGAAAAUAAUUAAGUUAUAGAACAUAUAACAUUUUUAUUAAAAUUUUAUGUAACAUAUAAUUGAUCUUACAAAUCCUCUAUAUAAUAUUGACAGAUGCUAUGAUCAACAAUUUUAUUAAUUAUAAAUAAAUUUUUUGUUCAAACUUAUAUUACGAAAAACUGACAGAAUAUGUUUGUUUAAUUGAUAUGUUUAAUUGAUAUAAAGGAAAUAGCGAUUUGUUUAAUUGAUACAAAAGAAAAAAUUACAUAAUUAAAUUUGUUUAGUUGAUACAAAAGAAAUAAAUAUCCCUCUACGUAGUGUCUUAAUCAUUACAGAUGACUAAAACAAUACAUUUUGUUUAAUUGAAAUAAAUAUUCUCCAUAAGGUUUACUUAAUAUGUUUAAUGCAUUGAUAAUUUACAUAACUUUUAUAAAACAGUAUUACACAAACUUUUGUAAUAUGUGGUGCGAUAAUAAAAUCAAGUUAUGAAAAAUAUCGAACUACAUUAUUAUGUAAAACUUAACUUAUUUUAUCAACAUGUAUAUGAAUUGACUGGAUGAUGAAUAUGGUAGCUAAUAAUAAAGGAAUUAAGUUAUAAACAAUGUGACAUUUAAUUAAGUUGUUAGUUAAAAAUGAAAAUUAUAAUGAAGCCAAGUUUUCUUUCAUUGUUUAAUUUCUGAAAUUCUUGUUUUCAUUUCGUCCUUUCUUGUUGAUUAGUGGUUACCAGUUACCACAACUCUUUGCAUGCUUGAUUCAUGAAGGUUCAUUCUUUUUUUGGUUUUUCAUCAAUACCCAAAUCAGGAAAGGCCCUUAAAUAUGCAAAACCAAAAUAAAUAAAAUAAUAAAAACGUAUAAGAAGGAUCAACAUAUAUAUGAGGUGUGCAGUUUAGUAACUCAAUAAAUCCUCAGUUUUACUAUAGCAUGAGCCUUAAUUGGUGAAAUUGAAGGCAAGUCAUGACAUAGACAGUUUGUUGAUCAGCAGACGUCUCACACAAAAUGCAAUAGCACUUCUUAUCUCUUUUUUAUGGUUACAGUUCUUUGCAUGUGGAAAUACAUAGCACCAGAGAAGGUUUUCAUGCAAACCUCUGUUUAAAUCUCCUAUUGCAUUCGCCCAUAGACAAAUGUUAUUGUGUUCUUCUGCAUGCAUGCAUUGAUGGUGAGUUGGUGAAACAACGUAACUGUGGUGAGAUUAGAUACAAAAUGAGCUGCUUUACUCCUCAGUGAUCUUAUCUUUGUUUCCCCAUUUCUUCUCUCUUGGUGAUCAUCGCCCUCUUUCCCGGCAGAAGUAGAGAAGACGAAUUUCCGAGUACCAAGCACCUGACUCGUCAACACGAAAAUGAAUUGUGCUCUUUUGCAUGCAUUGAGUGGGACAAUUGUUCCAUGCAGCUCAUCCCGGUGGUCGGCGACUUAUUAUAAACUUCCGACCUGAUUGGUGACUACAUGAUUCUUCAGUUUCCCCUUCUCUCCUCCUCUUCAUGACCCCAUAUGAAAAGUUCACCUGAUGCUUGCCCAGCCGCCAGGGUCUUCCCACGGAAUAACGCUACAAACGGCCCCAGGGAAUUAAAUCCUUCAAUAAUCCGAAGAUGAACAGUAUUCCCCGACUAAAGUGCUGUUAUUUUCGGUAAAAUUGUGUCUUACGGCGCCGUAGGUUAGAUUUUCCGAUAAAAACGUGGUUACCGCUAUUUUGUCGUAAUGAAGAGUAAUUGAACCUUGAGUAAACUUGCGGGUUAAUAAUACUAAUAAUAAUUGAAUGACAAUCAAUUUUAUAGAGAGGUUCUGAAGAUGUUUUACUUGGAGAAUUUAAAUUUGAUCGACUUUUCUCACAAUCGUUUGUCUGGUCAUCUUGCCUUUGAAAUAUUCAAAUCAAAUAGCACGAAUGACAGUGGAGGAUUGGGAUCCUCUAUUUCUUUUGGUGAUAUGGAGUUUGUCACAAAGACACGUUUAUAUAGUUACAAAGGGAUACCUCUUUCUUUAAUCUCUGGUUUGGAUUUAUCGAGCAACGACUUCACAGGCGAGAUCCCUGCCCAAAUCGGUCAUCUAGACUGCAUCAAGGUUCUCAAUUUGUCAUACAACAAGUUGAGUUUGGAUCUUUCUCAUAAUAGUUUGAGUGGACCGAUUCCCUCUCAACUCACAUAGCUGAAUUCUCUAUCCUCUUUCAAUAGAUGAGUGAUGGUUGUAGUCCUUUUUUCUGAUGGAAUCAUUUGUAAUGGAUAAUUCUGUAUGAAUGUCUUUGGAUAUAGUUUCUCGUAUGUAUCCGGUCAAUUCCCCCAAAGUAUAAAUCUUUCUGUUAUUAGUUAAUUGCUAUUCUACAUUUGUGUCAAAACUAGUGCUACUAUUCUACAUUUGUGUCAGAAUCAUACCAUAGAAUCGAGUGAGAGUCCCCUCUUUUUUCCCCAUUAACGGAAAAACCUUACAAUUACAAGUUCCAUCCUAUCUUAAAACUCUUUCCAUAUCAAGCUUGAGGUCCAUAAUGGAGAGUCUCCACUUCUUUGAUUUCUUAGGUAAUAGGGUCACUUCAUGACUAAUUAAGAUGUCAUCAAUUAUUUAUCUUCCACGAAUAAAGUCAAUUUGACAUAGGAAGAUGACACAUGGAAGGACUCUCACUAAUUUAUUAACCGGUAGCUUCGUUGUCGGUUUGCAUAACACUUGAGAGAGACUAACCGGUCUCAACUGUCUCGGUCGUCUUAGUUUCAACAGUUUUAGAAAUGAAGACCAGAACAACGGAAAAGGCAUGCUUGGCGGAAAAAUGUUGUCAUCUCAUUAACUAUCGUGCCUCAAUAAGAUUUAUCUGUUAUG